CCUCCCCCGCCGUCCGAUCCCCACCCCUUAGACCAUCUCCUGGCUGUCCGAUCUCCUCUGUUCCAGCUCGUGGCAGACGUUCGACCUCGCCGGGUUGCCAUAUAAUGGCGCCGGUGAAGGAAACGUCUCCCCGUCAGUCAUCGUUGCAUAGCUUCCACACGAACGAACUCGCCGAGAAAUUCUAGACGCUUCCGUUUGCCGAGAUAUUCUAGAGAUUCGAGCGAUUCUUCCGUCCAUGGCGUCCACCGUGACGACGCCCAGCAGGCCGCUCCCGUCCUCCGCUGGGAUCAUCAGCCAACACCGCCGCCGGUGCUACUGCUGCUGCUCCUGCAGGCCCGCGGCGGUGCUCGCGCUCGCCGGUGGCGGAGCUGCUGCAAAACCGCGGCGGCGAAGAUCUAGUCCGGCGGCCAGCACCAGCUGCGCUGCUCUCAAAUCGCCCGAGAAGCAGAGCACGGCGGCGGCGGCGGCCAAGGUCCCUCCGCGCCGGCCCGCGAGAAGAAGCGCCACCCCGGCGCCCGAGGAGGCCGCGGCAGCUGGCGCCAGCACGGACUACGGCGAGGUGGCCGCCGUACUCGAGACGCUGUACCAGCUGAGCCCCACCGUCGUUGAGGAAGACGAAGAAGAGAGUUCGAUAAAGGAGGCGGAGAAGAAGAAGCAGAAGCAGAGGAGGAAGACGAAGACGCUGCCGGCGAUGAAGACGACGGUGGUGGUGAGGAGCCGGCGGCGGGGGCGGAGGAUGGAUCUGGGGAAGAGGGUGGAGAUGCGGGAGGCGGCGGCGGGUGGGAAGCUGGGCGGCGACGACGAGGCGGCGGAAUUCGAGGAAGCUCUGCUAAGGGAGCAUGGCGUGUCGACGGACAUGGGCGGGCUCGACUGGCGGCGGACCAAGAUCCCGCCCGUGCUCUCCGCCGCGCACAGCAGCCGCCUCUUCAAGCUCAUGCAGCCCAUGAAGGCGAUCUUUCAGGUGAAGGAGAACCUGGAGAGCGAGCUGGGGAGAGAGCCGACGGACGCAGAGCUCGGGGCGGCCAUGAACAUGGCGGUGCCCCGCCUGCGCCGCCACCGCGACGUCGGCCGGGCCGCCCGGAACAAGCUCAUCAAGCACAAUCUCCGGCUCGUGCUCUACGCAAUAAACAGGUACUACCCAGACAUGGCCGGCGGCGGCGACGGCGGGAAGUUCGAGGAGGUGUGCCAGGCGGGCGCCAACGGGCUCAUCACGGCCAUCGACCGCUUCGAGCCCCGGCGCGGCUUCCGGCUCUCCACCUACGCGCUCUUCUGGGUCCGCCACUCCAUCUCCCGCGCCAUGGCGGCACUCUCCUCCUUCACCCACUUCCCCUUCGCCAUGGAAUCCGAGAGGCGGGAGAUCGGGAAGGCGAGGGAGGAGCUGGCGUGGGAGCUGGGGCGGGCGCCGACGGACGAGGAGACGAUGAGGAAAGCCGGCGUGUCGCCGGCGAGGUACCGCGACGUGGCACGGAUGUCAAGGCCGGCGGGGUCGCUCCACGCCCGGAACCGCGUGACGCAGGAGGAGCUCAUCAACGAGGUCACCGACGCCGACGCCGUCGGGGCCGCCGACACCCACCGGCACAGCAACCGGCUCCUCCGCCUCGCCAUUGACGACCUCCUUGAUUCGCUGAAGCCCAAGGAGAGCGUGGUGAUGAGGCAGAGGUUCGGAUUGGACGGGAGGGGGCGGCGGACGCUGAGCGAGAUCGCGGGGAACCUGAGGAUCUCGAGGGAGAUGGUGCGCAAGUACGAGCUCAAGGCGCUCAUGAAGCUCAAGCACCCCACAAGGGUCGAAUACCUCCGCAGAUACAUGUAGAACAAGAAGAAAGCAUCCUCGUUCUGUUUGCACGCGACCGGCACAUGUAUAUACGCAAGAUGACAUAGUCACGUAGUAGGGAUCAUCAUUGAUUUUGCGUUCGAUCAAUACGUGUGUAUAUAUGUACAUGGUGUGGUUCAUGAGCUACCUAUUUUUUUAGACAAAAGAAAUUUGUACUGUAAAUCUGAGUGGGAUUGACAAUACGUGUGUGUAUAUAUAGGACGGUCUGGUGUAAUUCUUAGCAUAAGAAGCGGUGUAAUUUCAGAAUGGCUUCAGAGUCCAAUUAUGUUUGUUCAAAUUUGUCAAUGCAACAGUCUAAGGUGAUUUGAGGA